AUUCUGGACAAGAACUGCAGAAUCUCCGAAACACUACACCGACUCUCUCCCUGAUCGCCCUGAAAGAACAGAAGGCAUUACUCCCUCCCUCCCCCUUUAUAUUCAGAAGAAAGACAAACAGAUAUAUAUCACUUUCUUUCUUUCUUUCUGGGAACUUUCUGACGCUGACCAAAACCAAACUCAACUCAACAACGUACGAAUUCACGAACACAUAAACAGCAACCGAAUAAAACACUUUAUUUAUUUAUUUAUUCAGCUAUCUAUAUUUUUUGGGGUACUAUACGACGCCGUUUUCGAAGAAGAAUAAGAGAAUAGAGGGAGAGCGGUUCGUGGAGAAGGAAGAAGAUGGAGCAUUUCUUCUUCUUCUUCUCUUGUUAAAAUAAUUCAUGGCCUCCUCUUCUCAGCAUCGCUGCGUUUUUGUUGGGAAUAUACCGUAUGAUGCAACCGAGGAACAGCUAAUUGAAAUCUGCAGAGAGGUUGGGCCUGUUGUGUCCUUCAGAUUAGUAAUUGAUCGAGAAACUGGGAAACCUAAAGGUUAUGGAUUCUGUGAAUAUAAGGAUGAAGAGACAGCGCUAAGUGCUCGUCGUAAUCUUCAGGGUUAUGAGAUCAAUGGCCGGCAGUUACGGGUUGAUUUUGCUGAAAAUGACAAAAAUGCUGACAGAAACCGAGAACAGGGUCGCGGGGGUCCUCGACUGGCUGCAAAUAAUGAUCCCCAGAAACAAGCAGGGGGUCCAGCAAUUCUGGAGGAGCCGGCUCAGCACCAGCCAAUUGGUCUCCACAUAGCCAUUACUGCUGCAACUGUCAUGGCAGGAACUUUAGGUGGUGCUCAGACUGUCAUGCAGUCAAAUCAAAAUGGUUUACAGAGUCAGCCAGCACUAGCAAGUGACCCCCUGACUCUUCAUCUGGCAAAAAUGUCUAGAAAUCAAUUGAAUGAAAUCAUGUCUGAGCUAAAGGGAAUGGCUACACAAAACAGGGAAGCAGCUCACCAGCUGUUACUUGGAAAACCACAGCUGUCAAAAGCUCUUUUUCAGGCACAGAUAAUGCUUGGAAUGGUGACUCCACAAGUGUUGCAGCUCCCAAAUAUUCGGCAAUCAACAGGUCAACCCGCUCUAUCUUCAUUACAAGAUUCUCAACAGGUUCAGCGGCCAGCAGUUCCAAAUCUUCCUGGGUUACCCCCUACUGCGCAGAGGAUGCAGUUGGGCUUAGGUCAAUUUUCUGCUGGUCCACAACCAUCUGUUCAGCCUCAGAAGUCUCUGGUUCACAACCAAUUUUCUGCAACCCCACAACCAUCUGUUCAAGCUCAAACACAGAUUCCACAUCAUGUCAACAACCAUGUUCCUCAUCAUGCCACAUUGUUAGGGCAGUCUGCGCCACUUCCUGCUGCGCUUCCUUCUGUUAGACCACCUGUUCAGAUGGCAAACUCUGCACCUCUGAACCAACAAAUGCAACCUUCAUUGGUACAACAUACAAGACAGGUUGGAAAUACGAAUGCUAGGCACAACCCUCAGAUGGUUCUUCCCAAUAAAGCUAUGCAAUCUUCUCUUUUAUCCCGUCCUCCAGCAACAGGCUCCUUUCAGUCUGGCCUCUCAGUAUCAUCGGGCCUUUCAGAUGCAGCAAAUGCUGAUAGGUCUACUCUCAGAAGUAAUGCAUAUUUGAACAUGCAAACAAGCACAGCUCAUGAUUCUAAAGAACCAAUUAAUCGCCCUUCAAAGGUGUUAAAAUUAGAUGAUGGAAGGAGCAUGUCUGUCCCUAUGGGAGGUUCUAAUUUGUUUAAUGCCACUGGAUCUGGACCAUCCCAAGCACCUGCAGUCAAUUCGGUUCCUCCAAAUCCACUUCCCAGGCCAGAAGAGUUGCAGCAUUCUGGGAAACAAGUUCCUCAGCUUCCAGCGGACAUAGAGUCUGCCUUACUGCAGCAAGUGCUGAACCUCACACCAGAGCAGUUGAGUUCAUUGCCACCCGAUCAGCAACAGCAAGUUAUUCAGCUCCAACAGGCACUUCUGCGAGAUCAGAUGCAACCAUCAUAACAGGCUGAAUCACACACCUGGGCCAGUUUCCAUUGCAUUUAUUAUUACUAAUUAGUUCAGGCUCCAUCUGUAUCAUUUGGAAGGAAAAGGCUUGCUAUUGAUUCAUCAAUCUCUCGAUGCUAGUAAAAUUAUUUGUUCCUCAUAAGGUCUUGUUUUGGAUCUGAAAUCUGAAAUGCAAGAGCAUUGUAUCAUCCAUGUAACAGUGAUUAGCUUAUGUGAAAGAAUCAGUGGGAAAAGGAGGAAAAGAAAUUUUGUGUAACGUUGUUAUU